CUGUUGUGGGAAUAAAGGUCUGUGGGGAGAAUUCAACCUGGCUCCCUCCACAGUUUAAUUGCCCGUGGUUAAUUUUUAAUUUGACUCGGGUUGGACUUCCCGCCCCAGGUCCCAUUCAUUGGGAUGGCGGUCCCGGGACCAGAAGGUUUGCGAAAGUGGCUCCAAUGCGGCUGCUGGCUGUCAGCCUGUGUUCUCUACACUGCCUGUUCUGCGUUUUUCGAGUUCUUCAGUAGGAUCUUCAUCAACCAGUACCGCUUCACCUUCCCCGCCUUCAUCGUCCUCUGUCAGGCACUACUGACCAUUGUAAUACUGCAGUUAUUAAAACGAGUCAGGCUGCUGAAGAUUGAACCCUAUUUACUGGAGCGUGGUGAGAUUUUCUUGCUCCCUUCCAUUUGUUUCAGUUUUCAUUCCAUCUUAAUUAUGUGGGCUGUGACUGCCUCCUACUCUACUGUCUUCAUGUUCAUCAGGCAGUUCACCCCAAUGGCCAGCUUAGCUCUGAUGCAAGCAUUCAAACUGAAAAAGAGAGCCUCUUCCAGCAUUGGUCACCUGGUGCUGAUGGUUACUUUGUGCUCAGUUCUUGCAGGUGUUCGCAGUUUCAACGAUGAAGUCAUUGUCUACAUCUAUGGGUUGCUGAACCUCAUGCUUGAGAGCAUGUAUCUCAUUUUGCUCCAAAAGAUUUGUGAAGACCAAAAGACUUCGGUGAUGGAUGUCCACUACACCUGUACCAUUAACAGCUGCCCACUGCUGUUUGUGUACUGCCUUCUCCAUCCAGAAACACAACGAAUCUACGUGUCAGGAAGUUGGACUAGUCUGAUCUUUCUGGGCUUCUUUUCCUUGGUGCUUAUCCUGGGGUGUUUGCUGAAGUUUCUCAUUUGUCUGUGUACCUUGCUGAGCUCAGCUCUGAUGGCAUUCACAGCAAAUCAAGAAACACAACAGAAUCAAUGAAAGACUGCACCCAACAGCAUGGAGAAACAAUCAACGUGCAAAAUACAAUAAAAUGUGCAACUAUAAAAAGAUAAUAUUAAAUAAGCAAUAAAUAUCGAGAACACAAGAUGAAGGGUCUUUGAAAGCGAGUUCAUUUGUUGUGGGAACAGCUCAGUAAUAGGACAAGUGAAGUUGAAUGAAGAUAUCCCCUCUGGUUCAAGAGCCUGAUGGUUGAGGGGUAGUAACUGCUCCUGAACCUAAUGCUGUGGGUCCUGAGGCUCCUGUAUCUUCUUCCUGGUGGCAGCAGUGAAAAGAAAGCAUAGCCUAAAUGGUUGGUAUCCUCGAUGAUUGACGCUGCUUUCCUGUGAAAGCACUCUGGAGAUGUGUUCAAAUGGUGGGUAGGGCUUGACCCAUGAUGGACUGGGCCAUACCCACUACUUUCUGUAGGCUUUUCCGUUCACGCACAUUGGUGUUUCCAUACCAGGUUGUGAUGCAUCCAGUUAGUACACUUUACACCACACAUCUAUAAAAGUUGGUCACAGUGUUUCAGAUGACAUGCAGGAUCUUCAUAUUUCUAAUAAUGUAGAGGCACUGCAGUGCUUUCUAACGGAACUGAUAUUCUGGACCCAAGACAGAUCUUCUGAAAUAGCACUGAAGGAUUUAAACUUGCUGACCCUCUUCACCUCUGAUCCCCCAUGAGGACUGGUUCCAUUUCCUCUUCCUGAAGUCAAUAAUCAGCUCCUUGGUUCAGCUGACAGUGAAAGAGGUGGCUGCUGUGGCACCACUCAACCAGAUUUUUAAUCUGCCUCCUACAAGUUGAUUUGUCAUGACUUUGACUCAGGCAAUGACAGCGAUGUAGUCAGCAAACUUGACUAUUGCAUUGGAGCUGUGCUUAGCCUCAUAGUCAUAAGUAUAAAGCAAGUAGAGCAGGAGUAAAGCGCACAGCCUUGUGAUGCAUCUGUGCUAAUGGAGAUUGUGGAGGAGAUUUUGCCAAUCUGAACUGACCGGGGUCUGCAAAUUAAGAAAUUGAAGAUCCAAUUGCACAAAGAGGUAUUGGACAAGGUCCAGAAGCUUAGUGAUCAGUUUUGAGGAGAUGAUGGCACUGAAUGCUGAGCUGUAGUCAAUUAAUCACUGAUGUAUGCAGCUUCACUGUCCAAAUGUUCCAGGCUUGAGUGAAGAGCCAUUGACCUGUUGUGACAAUAGGGAAUUUGGAGCGGUUCCAAGUUGCUUCUCAGACAGGAAUUGAUAAGUUUCAUCACCAACCUCUCAAAGCACUGCGUCAGCAGAGAAAAAGAUUUGGAAUUAAAGGUCAUCACAGCAAAUUUGACUGAAGGAUACAGAUUGUAGUAGAAGUGCUUUUCAGGCAUAGCUUCUUCCCCAGUCUUGCUUUGGUCUGAAUCUAGAUCCACAGCAAUGUGGCUGAUUCUUAUCCGCUCUUAGACAUCAUAUUUUGUAAACAUGUAUUCAAUGGCCACUUUAUUAGCGAUACUUGUACAACUGCUUAUUAAUACGAAUAUCUAGUCAGCCAAUCAUGUGGCAGCAACUCAAUGCCUAAACGCAUGCACACAUGGUCAAGAGGUUCAGUUGUUGUUCAGACCAACCAUCAGAAUGGAGAAGAAAUGUGAUCUAAGUGAUUUUGACCAGGGUAUGAUUUUUGGUACCAGAUGUGAUGGUUUGACCAUCUCAGAAACUGAUCUCCUGGGAUGUUCCACACACAACAGUCUCUAGAGCAGGGUUUCUCAUCUGGGGUUCCACAAGAGGUUGCUAAGGGUUCUGUGAGACCAUGAUAAAAGAAAAACAUCUUUAGAACUUUGCGCAAAGUGCAAUGCUAGCGCCUGCAGUGGUGAGCAGUGUCCAAACAGCCCUGUUAGCAAUCUCGUUAGAGGUCUCUUCAGCCCAGUAUGGUAGUGCGCAGUAGGACCGUGUUUAUUUGGUUAAGCCCAUUCUUAGUUUUUGACGUGAGAUAGGGGAGGCAGUUAAUAAUUGGUGAGUGCUGUAUUGCAGAGGGGAGGUUGGUAGGCUGAUGAGGAGCAUGGAGUGUGUUUUCCAAGCAUUGAGUGUGUUUUCCAAGCAUUGAAUGGACUCGCCCAACUUGAGCUGUGAUGUCAGCCUCUCCCUCCCGAAUUAUCUCCCCCAACCUCCCCUUGCGCGUCACCGAGUGACUUAUGGGAGCGAACAAACUCUAUUGGUGUAGUAGAAAAAUGGAGGGAAGUUUUCAUUCUGAAGAAGGAUUUUUUUUUUAACGUGCCAUGACUCAGCAGCUGGCCUGCCACUUUGCUGUUGUUGUAACGUUGCAAAAGGUAGAUAGCGUAGGUUAGAAGUGUAUUGUAUUGUGAAGUUCUUGUAUUUUUGUGGUUUUCUUGUUUAGUUAUUUAUUAUGUUCUAGAAUUUACAGAAAAUGGUGCAAAAACAUAAUCAGUGAGUGGCAGUUCUGUGGGCAAAAUACCUUUUAAUGACCUAGGUCAAGAGAACUGCCAGACUGAAUCAGUCUGGCCAACAGUUCGGCCACAGCAGCAAAAGAACCUUAAAGUGGUGUGGGAGACCAUAAACAUACACUCAAUGGCAACUUUAUCAGGUACAGGAGAUACUUAAUAGAGUAGCCACAGGUACAGGAGGUACUGAACAGAGUAGCCACAGGGUGUAUAAAUAAAUGUGAACUUGACACUGUUGAAGUGGGAAUUUACUUCAAGUAGGUACAAGUUAGAAAAGCGUUUAACUGGAGUGAGGGGAAUUAUGUGGCUAUCAGGCAGGAAAUUGGAAGAUGUUCUCAGGGAAAAGUACGGAAGAAAUGUGGCAAAUGUUCAGGGGAUAUUUGUGUGGAGUUCUGCACAGGUAUGCUCCAAGAAGACAGGGAAGUUAUGGUAAAAUACAGGAACCGUGGUGUACAAAAGCUGAAAUAAAUCUAGUCAAGAAGAAAAGAAAAGCUUACAAAAGGUUCAGAGAGCUAGGUAAUGUUAGAGAUCUAGAAGAUUAUAAGGCUAACAGGAAGGAGCUUAAGAAGGAAAUUAGGAGAGCCAGAAGGGGCCGUGAGAAGGCCCUGGCAGGCAGGAUUAAGGAAAACCCCAAGGCAUUCUACCAGUAUGUGAAGAGCAAGAGGAUAAGAUGUGAAAGAAUAGAACCUAUCAAGUGUGACAGUGGGAAAGUGUGUAUGGAACCGGAGGAAAUAGCAGAGGUACUUAAUGAAUACUUUACUUCAGUAUUCACUAUGGAAAAGGAUCUUGGUAAUUGUUGUAAUGACUUGCAGCAGACUGAAAAGCUUGAGCAUGUAGAUAUUAAGAAAGGGGAUGUGCUGGAGCUUUUGGAAAGCAUCAAGUUGAAUAAGUCGCCGGGACCGGAUGAGAUAUACCCGAGGCUACUGUGCGAGGCGAGGGAGGAGAUUGCUGAGCCUCUGGCAAUGAUCUUUGCAUCAUCAAUGGGGAUGGGAGAGGUUCCGGAGGAUUGGAGGGUUGCGGAUGUUGUUCCUUUAUUCAAGAAAGGGAAUAGAGAUAGCCCAGGAAAUUAUCGACCAGUGAGUCUUACUUCAGUGGUUGGUAAGUUGAUGGAAAAGAUCCUGAGAGGCAGUAUUUAUGAACAUUUGGAGAGGUAUAAUAUGAUUAGGAAUAGUCAGCAUGGCUUUGUCAAGGGCAGGUCGUGCCUUACGAGCCUGAUUGAAUUUUUUGAGGAUGUGACUAAACAUAUUGAUGAAGGAAGAGCAGUAGAUGUAGUGUAUAUGGAUUUCAGCAAGGCAUUUGAUAAUUUUGAUAAGGUACCCCAUACAAGGCAUAUUGAGAAAGUAAGGAGGCAUGGAAUCCAAGAACUGGCUUGCCCACAGAAGGCAAAGAGUGGUUGUAGAUGGGUCAUUUUUUGCUUGGAGGUUGGUGACCAGUGGUGUGCCUCAGGGAUCUGUUCUGGGACCCUUACUCUUCGUGAUUUUUAUAAAUGACCUGGAUGAGGAAGUGGAGGGAUGGGUUACUAAGUUUGCUGAUGACACAACGGUUGGAGGUGUUGUGGAUAGUGUGGAGGGCUGUCAACAGUUACAGCGGGACACUGAUAGGAUGCAAAACUGGGUUGAGAAAUGGCAGAGGAGAUGAAACCCAGAUAAGUGUGAAGUGGUUCAUUUUGGUAGGUCAAAUAUGAUGGCAGAAUAUAGUAUUAAUGGUAAGACUCUUGGCAGUGUGGAGGAUCAGCGGGAUUUUGGGGUCCGAGUCCAUAGGACGCUCAAAGCAGCUGCGCAGGUUGACUCUCUGGUUAAGAACGCAUACAGUGUACUGGCCUUCAUCAAUCGUGGAACUGAAUUUAGGAGCUGAGAGGUAAUGUUGCAGCUAUAUAGGACCCUCGUCAGACCCCACUUGGAGUACUGUGCUCAGUUCUGGUUGCCUCACUAUAGGAAGGAUGUGGAAGCCACAGAAAGGGUGCAGAGGAGAUUUACAAGGAUGUUGCCUGGAUUGGGGAGCAUGCCUUAUGAAAAUAGGUUGAGUGAACUCGGGCUUUUCUCCUUGGAGCGACAGAGGAUGAAAGGUGAACUGAUAGAGAUGUAUAAGAUGAGAGGCAUUGAUCGUGUGGAUAGUCAGAGGCUUUCUCCCAGGGCUGAAAUGGUUGCCACAAGAGGACACAGGUUUAAGGUGCUAGGCAGUAGGUACAGAGGUGAUGUCAGGGGUAAGUUUUUUUACUCAGAGUGGUGAGUGCAUGGAAUGGGCUGCUGGCAACGGUGGUGGAGGGGGAUACAAUAGGGUCUUUUAAGAGACUUUUGGAUAGGUACACAGAGCUUAGAAAAAUAGAGGGCUAUGGGUAAGACUAGUAAUUUCUAAGGUAGGGACAUGUUUGGCACAACUUUGUGGGCCGAAGGGCCUGUAUUGUGCUGUAGGUUUUCUAUGUUCCUACGUUAACAUAAUCUCUUAUUAUUAGUAAUGAACAGUUCUUGUUCCCCAUCAAUUAAAUUUGAACAUAAACAGAAAAUAAAGAUAAACCCAACUGGUUUAGAAAUUGUUAAGUUGCAUUUUAAUAGCACUCCCCAGAGGAAGACAUACCUUGAAGAGGCUUUGUUGGGAGUAGAAGUGUUGCCAAUGUGCAGGAAAAGGAUGAAGUUUAGGAAAAGAUUUGAAAUUAAGAUUUAACAGCAGGAAAUGGAAUGGCCAAAGGGCGUGGUAAGUAUUAGAAAGAAAAAAAAACAACACUGAUGAAGACCUAGAAUCAAGGAUCAGAAUUGUUAAGAGAGAAUUCAAAUUAUGCAAGAAAUAAAUGGAAUCAAAGACGUAAUUGUCCUGAACAAGUUAAUAGGCAUUUACUGUUUGCAACGUAAAAGGCCCAGAACUGCUUCUAGGACAAUGAAUCAAGACCAAUGAGGCUGUUAAAGCCAAUGGUCACCAUAGUUAGAUCAGUCAUGACAAAGUUUGGUGAUAGGUGAAUCUGGUGUUCUGUAUGCAAGAAUUCACAUACGUGAUUGGCUUUUUCCAGAU